AUGCAUAUUGACAUCUUUCAGCCCUCGCAGGAUCCAGGUGAAGCAGAUUCGGAAAAUGUUACAACAAGUAAUAUCAAAUUCCAACCUCACGGAAGAGAACAAAUGCUAUCGCACAUACCCCAAAUAUCGAACAUCAGAAGAACGAUUCGAUGGUUCUCGCUGCGAUUCAUCAAGCACCAUUGGCGUAAAAGGCCAGAAGAAACACCUCCUACAGCAACAGAGAUAAACCGAAUCGAUAAUGCAUUCUGUGCACUUUGGCUCUGGAUGGAAAUUCCAUACGAUGCAUUGAAUAUUAACCCUUAUAUGUUAGAAACCGCGACUUCUAUAUUCGGUACCCCUGUCGAUUUGAGGUGUAGUGCACAGGAUGCUGCUAUUAGAUUAGGUGUUUACACCUUCCUCCGAGCAAGAAUAACUGAAAUAGGGCCGCUCAGGUUAAAGGCUAUGGACAAAGAAGUUCUGGUUGACAUUACACGGAUUUCUCCUUGCCUCACUCGUUAUUUCAAGAUCGGGGUGCCUAAUAUAGUCAUGAUGAACUUUGGACUCCAGGGCAUCAAGAACCUAAUCGACUUGUACCAUGCCUUCUACACCCCACACUCAUGA